AGAUUUUUGAGGGUUGGUUCUGCGACGCUUCUGAUCGAUCUUGCGCCGCGGACACGCGAACCAAGUUGCAGUAGUGAAAACUGUUUUUUUGUUUAUGUUUAUCGAAGCUUCAGCUUCCAUUAACUUGAAAAAGUGAAGUGAAUUAUUGUGCUGGAAGUUUAUUUUAAGCGGUGUCUUUUACGGAGCAGCUUGUGAUUCUUCUCGCAUUGGAGACAGUCGAUUCUAUAGACUGGAAGUUUGGUGAUUGAAGGGGCUCAGGAAAAUGUGUGCUUCUUGCGAUAUUUAUUAGUUUUCAAUGCGGGUGAAGACAAUUGUUCUGAUGAUGGCUGGACGGAUUGGCUGUUUGCUGUGGCUGAUCAUGGUUUCCGCUACUCGGCAAGCUACCGAAGAGGAAUGGACCACCGUACACGUUUUCAAAGAACCAGAAUUCGACGCCCCCAUCAAAAAUUUAACCGUUCCCGUGGGAAGAGAGGCCAUUUUGACCUGUACAGUCAAAAAUCUAGGAACGAAAUACAAGGUCGCUUGGGUGCGUGCAGAAGACCAAACAAUCCUCAGCUUGCACUCAAAAGUGGUAACUCACAACAGCAGAAUCGGAGUCACUCACGAUAGCGCAAAUACGUGGCAAUUGCGUAUUCGGCAAUUGAAAGAAUCCGAUCGUGGAUGUUACGUAUGCCAAAUCAACACCGCCGUCAUGAAAAUAGCAGAAGGAUGCUUGGAUGUCUAUGUGCCACCCGAUAUCAUAAAUACGGACACAAGUGGAGAUCUUUCCGUAUCUGAGGGUGAAAAUGCAACCCUUUGGUGCAAAGCCACCGGCCAUCCAACGCCCCGAAUAGUGUGGAAACGAGAGGACGGCCAAUCGAUUGUACUUAGGAAGGGCCCAAGGGAAUACACUGAAGUGGAGACCUAUAAUGGGACCAACCUGCAUUUUUGGAGAUUAGAUCGCAGACAAAUGGGCGCUUAUCUUUGUAUUGCCAGCAACGAUGUUCCUCCGGCUGUUAGCAAGCGAAUAGCUCUGAAUGUAAAUUUUGCUCCAGUUAUUAAAGUGCCAAGUCAGCUACUAGGAACCCCAUCCAAUACAGAUGUGCAACUGGAAUGCUAUGUGGAAGCAUUUCCCAAUACCAUCAACUACUGGACAAGGCAUAUGGGGGAGAUGCUGCUAAAUGGAAGUAAAUAUAUUAUACGGGAAGACCGAAGCGGCUACAAGAUCUACAUGUGGUUGAUCAUCAGAUCGUUUACGGAAAGCGAUGAGGGGACCUACAAUUGCAUCUCAACGAAUUCGUUGGGAAAAGCUGAAGGAACAAUGCGACUUUAUGAUAUCAAAGUCAGCGCUGGAAGCCCUCAAGAAGGCACGUUGAGCAUUAUUAGUGGUCUUGCUGAACCAGCUAGAGGGCACAUAAAUGCUUCAAGCGCUUCGAGGAAUGGAGCAACUUUAUUCGUCUUUCUCAUUGUUGCAAUGAUUCUACUUUGCCGGUGACUAGGCGUGUAAAUUCCUUUUGCCCCAAACAGAUAAUUUAAUUCAUAUUUCUGAACUGACUAAUAAUUAUAAAAUAUGACUUAAUAUUAAUUGAUGUACAUAAUCGUUGUACAUGUGUUCAUAAAUAUAACCUUUUAUUUUGGAAAGAUGAAUAGAGUUUUGGACUAUCGGUGUUUGGUGUCAAUUCCCAUAAGUGACUAGGAUAUAAUUACUCUAAGCGUUCAUGCUUUUUUUGCCAUCGUUUACAUUCGUGAGAAUCAUGCAGUUUUAAACCGUUGAUCGUUGAAGCGUUUGGCUCUUCAGGGCUUUCGUGCUACUCUCCAUGUAUUUAACAUUCAUACUUCAAAUGUACAUACAUCGUUUGUACUAUAAUGAUACUCUAGAUUAGCGUGUAAUGUGUGGUUAAAAUAUUUCAAAAAAAUGUGUAGCUUCAAUAUACAGGAGUGGUAAAGAGCGGUUGGCUGAUGAGGCAGCACUCAUUUUUUCCACUCCAGUAUAAUUUAGAUAGUAAAAAAAUUGUGUUAAUCAACGCAUUUAUUAUUUGCCAAGGAGCGUCAAAAUUAUUACGUUCAACAUUGAUUUAUAUCCUUUAAAAUUGCUAGAAUAUAAGGCACAUAUUGCUAAAAAUUUUUAUUAAUAAGUAGACCUGUGAUAUUAAUUGUAACCUUUUAAUGUUUCAUUACCCGCUCAAUUACUGAAGCCAUUUUCAUACCACAUACAGUUACGAUUAGUCGGUAUUUUACAUGGAAGUGGAUCGUUACAAAGUGAGUUUUAUUUUCCACGAGUCAAUUAAACUGUAAUUAUAAAGUCGACGGACGUGUAUAAUGUGUUUGCUUUACAUGUAACAAUAAAAAAUAUAUAAAAUGCUGAUAACAUCGUCAAUGUACAUUUAACUAGACAAUGAAGGUUUUAACAAUCAGAUUGCAAUUGAAAAAAAAUUGAAAAUCUGGACAAAUUGCGACGAUCUACUUCCCCAUUAAAUCGUAAAUAAUUAAGGAAUCUAAUGAUAUUUUUAAGAAAAAAUGCAUCGUCUAAUUCUUACGAUAAAAACUUAAACUAUGUGGCAACCCAAUUUCAUAUUUAUUAAGUACGUUAUCGAAAUGUGGCAACUACAGGUGUUAUUGAUAUAUUUUUGGCUACUAGAUAGUUGAAUAGGACUUUUUCCAAUAAAAUAAGUUUAUACCCUAUUUUCCUUGUAGUAACCAAUUUUUGGUAGAAGUCCCGAUUCAAACACUACUUACAACAAAAGUUUCUAUUACUUGGAACAUUUUUUUUCAUGAAUAUUUAAAAGCUGAAAGCGUUUUUACGGUUUUGACCACCAAACCAACAUACAGAAAUAUUAAUCUUUAAUUCCAAAUUACAGGUUUUAUAUCUACUCAGGAGAGAGGGUAAAGUUUCCUAUUUUUAAAAUACAAUGCGAGUGAACUUGAAAUAAACUUGAUAUGUUCAUUUUAAAAAAAUAGUCAAAUUUGGAACACGCUGUAUAAAAUAUGUUUACUUCAAACAGAGCGCAAUUUAAAAGGCUAAUCUCCGUGUUCCAGCAUAUUUAUGACAAAAUGCUGCUAUCGAUUUACUCAUUUUCUUCGUAAGUUACAUACGUCCACUUAAAAUAAAUAUUAAUAACUAAAUGAACUGUCGAGAGUUUUCAGCUUUUAACUUUUAACUCUUAAGGGCCAAUGGUAGAUAUCCAAAAAAACAAAGUUCAUCGUGUAUACGACAUUAAAACAGAAAGCCUAAAGUUUCGAUUGAAAGCAGUGAAUAUACUCUCUAGCUUAAGUUUGCCUGUGCUGUAACAUUUUUUGCGCUCAUAUUAUACAACCAUCAAUGUUAAGCGUGUAAAUAAUAUUGUAAAUAUUUAUGAAAUACAAUUUUAAAAACUAAGAA